ACGGAGUCUGCACCUGCACCGACAGCAGAACCGAUGUAGAAGGAACCCCGUCACUCCCAUCCCGGUUAUCGGUGUUUCCCCCCCGCAGAUCAAGCGCUUCUGUGACGGAUUUCAUUAGGGCGGGGGUCUGGCUGCCGGAGCGGAGGUCUCUCGAGAGGGGGAGGAAGGGCAAGUCCUUCAUCAUCACUUUCACUCCCUUCAUCAUUCCAAAACAUCAUCUUCAUCAACGCGACGAGGCGUGUCUGCCCUCACUCGACUCGGCGUCCGCGAUAGAAACACACCGGAACACCAAAGAAACAGCAACAACAGCAGCUGCCAAAUUAAGCGAACAAAAAUGCAUCGUAUUGACCGCGCACCGAGCCCGGAUGCCGUUUGAUGUAGGCCCUUGCACAUUUUAAUAAAUAUUUAUUUUGUAUCUGGACAUUUCUUGACUUUUUGGGAGAGUGCGGCCUAGCAUUCGGUGCAGCCGGCUGAAUGAACGAUGCGGACUUUACCAGCGCCCUGAUUCACCGCCACAGCACAUCAGAUCAGCGUCGCUUUUCUUCGAUCUACGUGUUUUUAUGGGAUUGACGGGGAUAGCUCGUAGCAAGGAUACAAUGUUGAAGUGGAAACGGCUGAUGCGGUUGUCCAACCGCUCCUUAAUGGCCUUCGUCUUUUUUUUCUCCAUGUCCACGACCUGCCUCUACUUCAUCUAUGUGGCUCCUGGAAUAGUCAACACAUAUUUCUUCAUGGUACAGGCUCAGGGUAUCAUGUUACGAGACAAUGUGCGGACCAUUGGUCACAUGAUCAGGCUGUACACCAAUAAGAAUAGUACUCUGAACGGCACAGAUUAUCCAGAUGGGAAUAAUUCGAGUGAGUAUAUCGCUCAGCCAACCACAUACCUCCCUGAGAACUUCACCUAUUCCCAGAACCUGCCCUGCCCCGAGCGGUUACCUUCUAUGAAGGGUCAGAUGGAAGUUAACAUGACUGAGGUACCUAUGGAGGAGAUUGAACUAAGGCUUAAACAUCUGGGCGUUCAAUUCGGAGGCCACUGGAAGCCCAAAGAUUGCAAACCACGCUGGAAGGUGGCCAUAUUAAUCCCUUUUAGGAAUCGCCAUGAGCAUCUUCCCAUUCUCUUUCAGCACCUCGCUUCUAUGCUUCAACGCCAACGCUUGCAGUUCGCCUUCUAUGUCAUUGAACAGAUGGGUACUCAGCCGUUCAACCGUGCCAUGCUGUUUAACGUGGGCUUUAAAGAGGCAAUGAAAGACCUGGACUGGGACUGUGUGGUGUUUCAUGAUGUCGAUCACAUCCCGGAAAAUGACCGUAAUUACUACGGCUGUGGUCAGAUGCCUCGACACUUUGCCGCGAAGCUCGACAAGUACAUGUACAUACUUCCCUACAAUGAGUUCUUCGGUGGAGUAAGUGGACUUACUGUCGAACAAUUCCGUAAGAUCAAUGGCUUUCCCAAUGCGUUCUGGGGCUGGGGUGGAGAGGACGAUGACCUCUGGAACAGGGUUCAUUACGCAGGUUUCAAUGUGACCAGGCCAGAGGGAGAUAUUGGCAAAUACAAAUCUAUCCCCCAUCACCACAGAGGAGAGGUCCAGUUCCUGGGGAGGUACAAGUUGCUAAGGUACUCAAAAGAGAGGCAGCAUCUGGACGGCUUGAAAAAUCUUCAAUACUCUCCAGAAAUCUCUCUGAGCAGCUUGUAUAAAAACAUCACAGUGAAUCUGAGUCCUGAGCUCGCCCCCAUAACAGAGUACUAACACUGUGACACUGGGGUCAGGGUGGAGGAAAGCGUGAUGUAUCGAUGCCAAAUGUCCUUAAAAACAGGAGUGAGGAGGGCAAUGGCCGGUCUAAUGCACAGUUAAUUGCGUGAUGUGUUUAUGUGUGUGUGUAUAUGUUAGAUCACUGGAUCAUAUCUGUGAAGGUGUGUAGCGUGACUGCGUACGUUUAAUUGCACGUUCCUGUGUCCAUGCAGGCUUAAGUGAAUCAGAUCACAACACAUUCAAAAAAAGGUGGGGAGUGCCAGCGUCAACAAAUCAGAUGUUUACUGCAAAGCCUUAAUUGAAUUUUAUAGGCUAUCAGACUCUGUAAAUCCAGUCAUCUGUGCUUACAUUGUCGAAAGCUUUGUUUUACAUUACAACAGCACUCUUGAUGCCAAUAGACAUUUUUUCUUGUUCUGUUAGUAUAAUUUUUUAUACAUAUCUUUUUUUAAAGACAAAAUUUGUUUAGAAGUCAAUGCAGUUUAAAUGGAUGUAUUUUAAAUCUUAAAUUCAGCUUUAGUUACACAUUUUCUUUUAUUGAGAGAUACAUUUCACUCCAGUGGUGUGUUAUAGGGUUUUUUAUUUCAAUCCCAUGGCUAUACAGAAAGCUGUGACACGUGCAUGCAUGACCCAGACUCCCCUGUAAAUAACUGGCUUUUUAAACAAUGCUUUAGCUUUGUCCCCUAAAAACACAUGCAAUUCCAUUGGAAGCACUCUUCCUUUUGGCAGCUAAUGUUGUUUUGACCUCUGUUAAUUUAAUAAUGAAUUUUAUUUUAUUAUUUUAUUUUUUUUGUUUAUGUUUAUGGGUGUGGGAUUUAUUUUGACUGAUAGACUCAAAAAAAUAUCAGUGAUGACCAUUAGAAUGCAGGAAAAUGAAUCAAAAACAUAGAACAUAUAUCAGUACCAGCUGCAUGCCUUUAUUUUUUGUUACAUGAUUAUUUUGUCUUUAAAAAUAACUUUUUUUUAUUAUUAUUUUUUAUUUUUAUUUUUUUUGUGAUAUUGAAUGUUUAUUUUUGUCUUUGCUUUUGAUACAGGAAUAGUUCAACCCAAAAAAGAAAAUGUAGUCAUUAUUUACUCACUCUAAUAUAGUUCCAAAACUCAUAUGACUUUCUUAUGUGGAACACAAAUGAUAUAUAUUGAAAGAUUUCCAAUUUGCUGAUUUCAUUUGCUGAUUUCAGUACAAUAGCAGUUGAAAGUGACUCACUUUAAAACUUAAAGCACCUAAAAGUGUAGUUGAUGUGGCCUGUAUCAUAUUUCAAGCCUUCUGAAUACAUAUGAUCACUUUGUACAAUGAAUAGACCACAUUUGUUUUGACAUUGAUAAACUGUGUAAAUCACAUAUAGCGACACUUUAAUAACAUCAGACCUCAUUGGUUCUUGUAUGAUGACAUUAUGAUGUUGGUCACUAGAAGAGCAAGACCUAAAAAGAUUUGAUGCUAUUGACGUGUCGCUAUAUUGGAUUUUAGCUCAGUUUACAGUGAUUUGAUAUUGAUUAGCAAGUCUGUUCAUUAUACAAAGUAAGUGUAUGCCUUCAGUAGACUUGGAUUAUGAUGCACGAGUCACAUGGACUACUUUUAUGACAGUUUUGGGUACUUUUGUAUGCUUUAAAUUGAGUCACUAUCAACUGUGACUACAUUGAAUUCAGCAAAUGGAACAUCUUUAAAAUAUCUCCUUUUGUGUUCCUCAGAAGAAAGUUGCACGGUUUUUGGAACAACAUGGAAGUGAGUAAAUUAUGACCAUUUUUUUUUUUCUUUUUCAUUUUUUAGGGUGAACUAUUUUUUUAAUAGCAGUCAUUCUCCUGUCUCUGUUUUGGAGUGCACUCCAAUGUAGUAGAUGAAGUAAAGAUUCGACUGAAACGAUAACAAGCUGUUUACGAGAGAGAGUUCAUCUCUCAGGUCGUUCGCAGUAAGUCCUGAUCUGAUGACUGGUCAGGUUUACAGCUGCUAAAGCCAAAACGCCCUCUGCAGGGUUUGGCGUGCUUCUCAACCUGUGUGUUUUUUGUCUGUCUGUGUGUGUAGCUCUCAGUGUGAAGUACUGGGCGGUAUUGUGCUCUGAUCUGACCGCGAGUUGAGCCAAGAUGAGAGAGUGACGUCUGCGUUGCUCUUGAAUGGCAUUUGAAGUACACUUGGGCCAUGAUGACUUUAUUCUGUUAAAGUUUUGAGCAUCACUGAGCAUAGGAAAACGACACCUAGACUAGUCUUUUUGUUGGUACAUGUUUGCCUUUGUUUAUCAUUUUAUUGUUUUGGAGUUGUUGAUGUACCAUAUGUUGCUUUAAUUUUGUCUGUUAAGUUAUAUAUAUGUCCUAAAAACUGCUGUUUCAUAGCCUUUUUCAUAUAGAGUGUAUGUGAAUGUGUGCGUUUGUUUCAGUCUACUCGGAGAAUAACACACCAGUUCCCCAUGAGCGAGAUUAUGUCAGCAGCAUGGUUUGUGACACUAACUGAACUCUUGACACUUGAAGUUGAGACACACUCACAGCUUCAGAUCCUAGCUAGCAAGAUCUGUGAAAAGCGCUUUAUUUCACCUGCUUCAAAAGCUGUUAUAGGGUAUAAUCUUUCUCUCUGCAUGUCCUUGAGGCAUAGUUGAGCCAUGGCUUCUCUGAGGACAUCUGCUUUGUCUUUUUCUGUGUGUGGAUGCUCUCUUAGGCCCUAGUGCACACUCUGAGAACUUUUGUACUCCAGUCCCUUAUGUACUUUUCCUUAUGUGAUCGUUUCCUCCAGUGCCCAGUCUGUUGUUUACGUCACUUCUUAAACCGGCAGACCUAAAGGCUGGGCCUAAUUGGGCCCGGUUACUGUGUUUACGGGUUACAGAAAUCCACUUGACCAACCGUGACAUGGAAUGGAAAAAUCCUGUCUGAGUGGAAACAAAAUAUAAUGGACUUAGACUGAGGUUACUGUUGCCAAAGUCUGAUUUUCCUCUCGUUCUGCAUAAAAGCUUUGACCAUUCUUCAUAAGCUUUGUAGGGUGAAACUUAGCUCUUUAGGACAUCAGCUGGAAUCUUAAAUGUUCUGUCCAGUCUAGCUUCUGUUUAAUAUGAGUUUACAUUUAUGUUGAAAGUAAAUUGGUCACAUUCGUAUGCAGUCUUAUGUGAAAGGAUUGCAGGAACACAGCAGGAGAAACCCUCGCUUUUCCCCUGCACAUGGCCCACAAAUUUACAUAAGCAAAUUAUAUAGGUGCAAGAUCUUAUAGCUUCUAGUUUGGUGCCGAAGAUGGGAUGUUGACACAGUGAGCUAUUGAAUUACGCAAUGGGUGAGAUCCAUUUAUAACCACUUAUACUUACUGUUUAAUGUAGAAAUAGAGGCGUCUUGGAACAAUACAGACUUUCAAAGGGGGGAAAUUUAGUUUUUUACUUUACACAAUCUGAUCUAAGCUCAUUAGUUUCCAGUAUGCUCAAGUAAACGAGUAUUAUUGCACUGUGCACUUACAUAGUAACAAAAUAGUUUUUCUUACGCCCCAAUGAACUAAUUGACCUUUAGCGACUUGUUUUAAAGGGGUAGUUCACACAAAAAUGAAAAUUAUGUCAUUUACUAACCCUCAUGUUGUUCCAAACCAGAACUUUCCUCUGUGGAACACAAAAGGAGAAAUUAGGCAGAAGAUUGAGACAGUCAGUCCCCGUUUACUUUCAUUGAAUGGAAAAAAAGAGCUAUAUCAACAUUUUUCAUAAUUUUUUCUCUUGCAUUCCAUGGAAGAAAGUCAUAGGGGGUUUUGAAUGACAUAUGAGUGAGCAAUUUUUGGGUGAACCGUCACUUUAAUCAUUAGCUUUUUGCGCACAUUUUUGCGCUUUUAUUUGGGUUACACAGAAUGGGACUGAUAGUUGCACAAAUUGUUCUUAAACUGAGGUGAGUUGCAAUAUAUGAAUAUUGAAUGUCACAUUAAUUCUUCUGGUGGUGUCAUGCCCAUAUUUCCCUGAUUUGAAGAAUUGGCUGAUGCCAGUCGUGUUUCCUGUUUAAAUGCAUCAGUGAGACUGCUCUGGAGUGAUUGUUUAUGUUUUGAUCUGGUGGUUAGUUGUAGCUUUUGAAAAAUAUUUGUUCAAUUCUGGUCUGGUUUAGAUUCAUCUCAUUUCAGUUCCCACCCCAAACUUCCCUCUCAUAUCUGCCCCAUCCUGUCCAGCUGUCUUUUGAAAAUAUCCAGAAACAAUAGAGAAUUUUAAAAGAGGAUUUAUUAUUCAUCAUUACAAAUCUGUAAUGUAGAGUGUUACAUUUUUGCAGUAUUCAUAUUUGUGCCUUGAAUUGUCUUUUUUUAUUUAUUUAUUUUUAAUUACAUUUUCAUUUUCGCAUUGUUUGUUGAGAUGUGCAGUGGGGUGCGUGUGGAUGAUGUUUCAAAAUAGAAUUGGGUGCGCAUUUACAUUUUCUUUUACAUUUUAUUCAGAGUUUUUAUUUGAAUCUGGAGCUAUGUCGAUAAACCUGAAAUGUUUGCUUGUCAUUGAUUCGGAACUGAAAAACAUGAAGACCUUCCCUGUGUUUGCGUUUCUCUGUUGUUGAGGGUCCACUUUAACUGUAACCAGUGUGAGAAGCAGAAUCUCUUGAUGAUGUCUGCUUUGAUAUGUACAAUCCUGGUUCCAGAUUCACUUUUCUUUUGUUGGACUGGUCUGUUCACUACGUUACGCUCUGUAAUGAUCAUUAAAAGACUUUAUAGUUGAAAACUUA